AUGGCGGCUGAAAAGGUCCAAGAUUCGUCGGUCGUGGCGCCCGUCGCAUCCAAGGACAAUGACACGGAUUCCGGAGAGCUCUUCACUGGAGAGGUGGUGGAAACGGCUGGCUUGGGGAGACAUCUGGGACUCUUCUCCACGACAUUGCUCAUGUUCGUUCGCUCCAAACUCUCCCCUGUCCAUUUUUUAAUACUGUCCCCUCCAGCUAAUCGAACGUUCUUCACACAGCAUCGGCCGCAUCAUCGGGAGUGGAAUCUUCAGCACACCCUCCACCAUCGUCAAGUCCGUCGGUUCCGUAGGCGCGGCUUUCAUGCUCUGGCUCCUCGGUCUCGUCAUCUCCUUCGCCGGCCUAUCCGUCUGGCUGGAACUCGGAUGUAUGAUCCCUCGCUCCGGCGGCGAAAAGGUAUACCUGGAAGCAAUGUACAAACGACCAAAGCUGCUCGCGUCAACCGUUUUCGCCGUGUAUUCGAUCAUCUUGGGCUUCACGGCCGGCGGCUGUAUCAUCUUCGCACAGUACGUCGUCGCUGCAUCCGGUAGGACGGCUGGGGAAUGGGAGAAGCGCGGCAUCGCUAUCGGAGUCAUCACGUUUGUGACGCUCGUCCACGCGACGAUUCCGAACUGGGCGCUGAGAGGAAUGAAUACCCUCGGAAUCAUCAAGAUUCUCGUCCUCGUCUUCAUCGUCGUCGCGGGCUGGGCAGUCCUCGGUGGGGCCACGUCUGAUCGCGUCCCGGAUCCCAAGUCUCAUUUCAGCAACGCCUUCGCCGGCUCCAGCGGGAGUGGCUACGAGUGGUCCAUCGCCCUCUACAAAGUCCUCAACUCCUUCACCGGCUGGUCCAACGCCGCGUACGUGCUCAACGAGGUCAAGAAUCCCGUCCGCACGCUCAAGAUCGCCGGCCCGCUGGGUCUGGGCAUCUGCGGAGCUCUCUACAUGCUGGCGAACGUUUCCUAUUUCGCCGCCGCUACCAAGGAAGAAGUUGCCGCGAGCAACCAGACGGUCGCAGCGCUCUUCAUGUACAAAGUCUUUGGCUCGACGGCGCAAAAGGCGAUUAGCGCGCUCAUUGCGAUUUCUGCAUUUGGCAAUGUCAUGACGGUCACUUUCGCUCAAGCUCGAGUGAACCAGGAACUGGCGAAAGAGGGCAUCAUUCCGUUCCCGAAGUUUUGGGCUUCGAAUUGGCCGAGGGGAGCCCCUGGCGCUGGAUUACUCCUGCACUGGAUUCCGAGCUUCAUCAUUAUCGUCGCGAUUCCCUUUGGAGAUGCAUACAAUUUCAUCCUAGACGUCGAGGGCUAUCCCGGAUCCGUCAUCAAUUUCUUCGUCGUGGCGGGAUUCUUCUGGCUGCGGUAUUCCCAACCACACGUUGCGAGGCCGUUCCGAUGCUGGGUGCCCGUGGCGGCGUUCUAUCUGUGUGCGCAGGCCUUCCUGAUGAUUGCACCAUUCUUGCGGCCUCCGGGUGGGGUUGGAGACACGAGUCUGCCGUACUACUUGUCUUCGGUGGUGGGACUUGUUAUCUUGGUGGCUGCCGCUGUGUACUGGGUCGGCUGGAGGAAGAUAUUGCCGGCCAUUGGUGGAUAUGGGUUGAGACCGGAGCAGGAGAAGCUGGCGGAUGGGACCGCCGUGGUGGUGUGGCAGAAGGAGAAGAAGCAGCAGUAA